UUCCCCUACCGGAUUACUUCGCCAUACUCCAGUCCUCCACCAUUCUGUUGUACAGGACCAUUUCCGUCUCCUAUUUCCUGCUCGUCGUUAUACAGCAGCACGACGACAACAGCACCUUUUUCCUCUCUCUCGGCGACACAUAACAUUGGCUCACCAUGCCUUACAACACUCGCCGGAAAUCCCUCUCCUUACCCUCGCUCGGCAUCCACUUGCCUCAAACACAAGCCUCGCGUGUACACCGCCUGUCACCCAAGGCCACAGCGACCACGGAAUCUGCGCGAUCUCCUCCUGCAAAGAAAUUGAAGCGCUCGCAUGAUGGUGACGAACCUUUGUCACCUGUGUCGUCGCCGCGCUCCAAAACCGGGUCUCCUGCGAUCGAUCUGCCUAAGCCUAGUGCCCUUCCUCGAGGAGCCGCAACCGAACAGACCCCUCCACCUUCCCCCAAAUUCGCUCCAGCGCAGAUUCGCAAGGUUGACAUUGAAGGUAUCAACGACGACAUUGUCAUUGGCGUGAUUGAACAAUUGGAGAAGACUGGCAACCGACCACAUCUCAUCAAAGAUCUUGCUGCGAUCCUGGCAUCCACAAACUCCAGUAUUGCACAUUCUGCCAACCCAGCUGCACUUCUCUCCUCCCGUCUCAGCCUGUACCUCAAGCGACCAUGGACGGCCUUGUCACCUUGUCCCUUGGCCAAGGAGCUGAUCCCUGUCCACCCAAGGAAAGUCUUCUUCUUUCUGACAACACAGCCGCGGAUGGCUCUGCCUGCAACCUCUGACGACAUCCUGCCUCCUGCCAUGAUCGCGGCCAAGAAUCUGACACCAAGUAUAUCCGACCACAGUCAAAUCGACGAGGAGAUAGAACAGGACCUGCGCGAGCGAGCGAGAUUCUCUCCAAGUCCUGAGGUGGAUCUGCACUCUCCGGAAUUGGACCAAGAAGAUCCAAUGCAGCCCCCAACACCUGGAGAGCCUUUCAGUGCGAGGAGCAGCCUAAAUCCCGACGGUACGCCAGAUGUCCGUCACAGGCCCAAUCGGGCACCGAGCCCACCCUUAGAGGCCGACGAGCGAGGUUUUACCGAGACAGCCACGGCUGUCCGCGCCCGUGGCACGAGCCUACAAAACCCUACCGUCCAACUGUCCGUGGAGCAAGACGAGAAAGCUGUGCAAGCGACGGAGGAGACAAUUGAGCAAGGUCAAAAAAGAGAUCGUGAACUUGGCCUGGAACUGUUUGGCCCAACUCAGUCAGGCCUUCACGUUCCAGAACAGAAGGUUUUCUCCAGUAGUCCCAUGAUACCUGCACGGACAGAGCAGUCCCCUCCCAAGGAGGAGAUGAACCUCAGCCUUCACUUGGAGGACAUUGAUAUGGGCGAAGCUGCCUGGACCAUGACGAGCCCGGAGCAGAUCGAUGUCGACGAGCUUGAUAUCCUGUUUACUGGAUUCUGAACGGAACUCUAGUCUUCCAGGAAAGAGGCGGUAGCAAUUCCCUUACUCACCUCAACACAAUUCACUAUCACUCUCCGCUUUCCCUGGGCGCCUUGUCGAUCUAUUUUGUGCCCAAUCUGUCGAUUACG